GUGGCACGCCUUUGGAUGACGUCAAAGGUACCGCGGGGACAUAGGCGGAGAUCGUCUGAGAGACUCACUGAGAGAUUCAGUCGGACUCAGAACCACGACGAGGCAACACUUAUCUUGGACGGGGGCCCCCUGACAGACCCGACUCAUCUGACCGCCAGGCGCGCCCAGUCCGCUUGUACAGGUACGCAGAUUCCAGUCAUGGCCCACCUCCUGAGCUUCGCCUUUCUCUCGGCUGUGCUGCUCGUGCUGGCAGAGGCCACCUUCAUCCGACCCCCGAUGUUCCACAAAAGAGGGUUUUUCCCAGGCUUUCGACCAAUACCCGUCCCUUUGCCAUCAUUUGGCAAAAUCAUCCGGCCCGGCCCCGGCCCCGGCUUCAGACCUAGACCCAAGAUCAUAAACAACAACAACAAUAGAAGAGAUCUUAUCGUUGUAGUGAACGACAGAAACGGCGGAGUUGGCGGAGGCCGUGUUAUUCGCAAAGUCGUCGGUGGAGGUAUCGGCGGGGGUAUCGGCGGAGGUAUCGGCGGAGGUAUCGGCGGGGGUAUCGGCGGAGGUAUUGGUGGGGGUAUCGGCGGAGGUAUCGGCGGAGGCAUUAUCGGUGGGGGCAUUGGCGGUGGAAUCAUCGGUGGAGGUAUUGGUGGGGGCGUUAUUGGAGUCGGAGGAGUCGGAGGAAUUGGUGGAAUUGGUGGAGUCGGAGGAAUUGGUGGAGUCGGUGGAAUUGGGGGAAUUGGUGGAGUCGGCGGAGUGGGCGGAAUCGGAGGAAUUGGUGGAGUCGGUGGAAUCGGAGGACUAGGUGGAGUCGGUGGAAUCGGAGGACUUGGUGGAAUCGGCGGAAUCGGAGGUGGAAUUAAUAACGGCUUCGGAGACGGUUUCGACCCACGAGAUGUUGAUGGACGAAGAGGUAUGCUAAGAGGACAAUCAUUUGAGAAUGGCGGCGGCCGAUAUAACAUCCACGACGCAGACACAGUUGUCAUUGGAGGAAAUGGACGGUUGUAGAUGGUCUUGUGAGAGAGCGGGAGUAAAAUUUGCGUCCUUUUUGUAUUCGGGUGUUUAUGAAGUCAUUGUUGUAGUGUGCCUCAAGAGGUCUUAUAUUAAAACAAAAAAAGAAAAAAACAACU